CGCCGAGGCGUGUAGAAAGUGUUGAGACUGUCGGAGAACUCGGGCAGUUUAUUUAACUUAGGGUCUCGUCAAGGAUAGAGGCAGUCGCCAUGAGAUCGCUCGCCAUCGCCGUCCUUUCUUUCUCCAUCACCAGUUUCGCGGGAGCGGUCUUGGUCCAAGACGGACCGGCGUGCCCGGAGGAGCACGGCGUCCAGGCGUACGCCCACCCGGAAUCCUGCAAUCUGUUCUUCCUCUGCACCAACGGCACGCUCACCGUCGAAACCUGCGAGAACGGCCUGCUCUUCGACGGCAAGGGCAACGUCCACCAUCACUGCAACUACAACUGGGCCGUCGAUUGCGGCCACAGGAAAGCCGAUCUGACCCCCAUCAGCACGCCGGGAUGCGAGUACCAAUUCGGCCUCUACCCGGACGGGCAGGAGUGCUCCGUGCACUACAUUAAAUGCGCCUACGGGGAACCCAUACCGCACCAGUGCGACCCCGGAUUGGUCUACGACGAGCGAAUACACGGCUGCAAUUGGCCCGAUCUCCUAGCCGAAAAAUGCAACCCCGAAGCCGUGGUGGGUUUCAAGUGCCCGACGAAGGUGCCGUCGAACAGCCUGGCGGCGAAGUUCUGGCCGUACCCGAGGUUCCCGGUGCCCGGCGACUGCCAUCGGCUGAUAACGUGCGUCAACGGGUACCCGCGGUUGAUAACGUGCGGCGAAGGGAAGGUGGUGGACGAGCGCAGCCUCAGCUGCGAGGAGCCCGAAACGGUGCCGCGGUGCGCCAAUCACGUCAGGAAAUAGAUAGGUCUCGGAGCGCCCACGGGAGAGUCCUGGGACUCUCAUCCUUGAAGAAAAUCGAUGAGGGGGACGUUUCGUUUUAUUACUAGAUACUGUUUUCUUUUUCUUCUACUUUUCUCUCUCUUUUUUCUUCACUGAAUUGGACUUGAUGUCUUCGUUUUCGUUGUAUUUUUAUUCUUCUUUCCUCUUGUUUUUUUCUACUUGCCUUUCUUUUAAGACGUGGAUGUUGUAAAAACACAUUUUUUAUUGUAGAUUUUAUGUUGGUUAUAAAAGAAUUGAUUAUGUUUCCAAAACAGAAGAUAUUUGUUGGGUAUUUUGCCUAUUUAUUCUUCCUCUUUUCGUGUUAACUUUAACUCACUAUUUCUACCUUUAUUUCAAUAAUUUCUGUUACUUCGUUUCUCUGGUUAGUUCCAUCUUUACUACUACUUUUCUAUCAUAUCUUGAUUCUCUUUAUUACUCUUUUAUUCACUUCAGUUCACUCUUUCUUAUUAUCUACUUGUGCACAACUUCUACUUAGCAGAACUACUCUUUUAAAUAAUUAGCUGUUUUAUUAGCAAUUUCCUCUGUUUCCUUACACUGUUUACUCUAUUUACUUGGUUCUUUUUAUAUUCUUCUUCCUCCAAACUUCUCCUUUAUUUAAUCUCCUUCUUCUAUCUUACUUUUUUUUUCUUUUUCAUUCUUUGCAGUAGCUCUUCUUGUACUCUUUAUUUCGAUUAAUUUGUAGUCUUCAUCUUCAUAAUUAAUUUAUUGGUAGGUGUAUUAAUAAAUAUCAACCACUGCAAACUAAACGUAGUAGAUAAAGUUUUUGGCGAAAAUAGAAUAAGAACGGUUCGAUUUUUGCGGUGAAUUUGUAAUAUUCGAAUGUGAUCAUACCCCAGAGUUUUAGGAAUGGAUUACUCAUUAGCGCAAAACUCGAAUUUGUUUCGUACUUAAUGUAUUUAAUGUCGCUUUCUUAAUUAAUAGCAGAUAACUGAUUUAAAUUAUUUUAUUUAUUUAAUUUGAUUGAUUGGUAUUAUUCUUAUAGUAUGUUAUAAAUGGUAAUGGAAUAUUUAGUUGUUAAGUAGAAUUGUAACACAUUAUUUAGAAAUUAAGUGUAGUAUUUUCUAUUCUAAUCUUUCUUAUCUUUUUCUGAUUCUUCUUCUUUUAAUUUCUAUUUUCUGUGCAUCUUUUUUUAGUCUGUAUUGUUUUCAUUUCUCUAUUCUUCCAGAUAUCUCUUCUAUUUCACUUUGACCUGUUUGUUAAAUAUACUUUUCAUUUAUUUUAUUUCUCAUAGAGUACUCUUGCUACAUCAUUCUUUCCACUUUAUACUAAGAUAUUUACUGCAUAUUUUCUUCAUUCUUCUCGUUAUUUAUCUAUUCUUACACAAUAUCUUCUCUACCUACUAUAAACAUAAUCUAUUUUUCUUCUAUUCUUACGUUGUUCUUUUACUCGUUUGCUCUAUUUUUCUGUAUUUCACUUUAAUACUAACAUCAGUAUUAAUAGAACAAUUUUUUUGAAUACCCAACAAGUAUUUGAAUUUCCGAAAUUUCCAUUUUUU